ACACAGGCGGCCAACCUCUAUGCUUGUAACCCCGACGCCGAUUUCCUGGAUUUCGUCAACGCCCCGAUUGGGAAAGGAAAACCUAUCAUAGGAGCCCUGAAGCCCCUCAUCGCAGUUCCCACCACUGCGGGGACAGGCAGUGAGACUACCGGAGUCGCCAUCUUUGACUACGAACCACUGAAGGCCAAAACAGGCAUAGCCAGCAGGGCGUUGAGACCAGUCUUGGGGAUUGUGGACCCGCUGCACACUCUGCACAUGCCCAGUAGGGUCACCGCCAACUCAGGAUUUGACGUCCUCUGCCAUGCUCUGGAGUCCUACACUGCGUUGCCGUAUAAUGAGCGGAGCCCCUGCCCCCCCUCCCCCGUCCUCCGCCCGGCCUACCAGGGCAGCAACCCCAUCAGCGACGUCUGGGCCCGACAAGCUCUCAACAUUGUGGCGAAAUACAGUACGAGGGCUGUGAGGGAUGCUGGGGACAUUAAGGCUCGGUCCAGUAUGCAUCUGGCCAGUGUGUUUGCGGGCAUAGGAUUCGGCAACGCAGGAGGUCACCUGUACCAUGGCAUGUCCUACCCCAUAGCUGGUAAUGUGAAGACCUACAAAGCUAAAGAGUACAAUGUGGACCAUCCUGUUGUGCCUCAUGGUCUGUCGGUGGUGGUGACGUCUCCAGCUGUGUUCUCCUUCACCGCCAGCAUGUGUCCAGAGCGCCACCUAGAGGCAGCUGAAAUACUGGGGGCUGAUGUCAGUAAUGUGAAGAGGGCUGAUGCUGGCCUCGUCUUGGCUGAUACACUCAGGAGCUUCCUCUACGACCUGCAGGUAGAUGAUGGGUUGUCAGCGUUGGGAUACGGAACCAAUGACAUUCCAGCUCUGGUGAAGGGCACUCUACCCCAGGAGCGUGUGACCAAGCUGUCUCCCAGGGCUCACACUGAAGAGGACCUGGCUGAACUCUUCACAGCAUCCAUGAAGAUCUACUAACACACACACACACACACACACACACACACACACACACACACACACACACACACACACACACACACACACACACACACACACACACGGAAGCCUACGGGUGGUGUUCAGUUGACCCAGGCCCAGGUAGAGGGGAUGGGGGCAGAUUUGGCUUCACAGUACUCUGCAUGUUUUAGGUGAGGGGGCCCUUCAGAUGGUUUUGUCCCAGGCCCUGCCCAGCACACACAUGCACGCACACACAUGAACAGACACUAAUACAUACAUGGAAACACAAACACACGCACAUACAUACGCACACACACACGCACGGACACACUNCCACACACAUACGGACGCACACAUGACUUCCUCACUCCAGUAUAAGCUUAACACGCAUGUUACACACACACACACACACACACACACACACACACACACACACACACACACACACACACACACACACACACACACACACACACACACACACACACACACACACACUCUAUUUCAGAUGUAGCACUUGGGCAUAUAGUAUGUGCUGUAUUGUACUGUACUUGAUUGUGUUGUAUGAGAAUUAUACCAGAAGUGCAAUAUAAGCUACGUGGUGCCUUAAAGGGCCACUGUGUAAUUUCCGUAGUUUAUUUCCAGAAUGUGUGCUGCUCAUUCACACACAUGAUCUUUUCCAUGAAUAUCCACCUGGUCUGCCCUGCUCAACAUGCUUCUGAUGUCAUGUCCAGUUUCCUAACUCAGUGCAGCUGAGUGUAAUUGAGUAAUCAUCAGUUCAGCACCUGGGACUCGAACCCGCCACCUGCCAGUCAACACUCCAGUCUGGUAUGGGAGGCACAGCAAGAUACUAAUACAGCUGAACUAAAGGUCCUGGGGUCCGUAUCUCAGUAGCAACGUCCUUCGUAAGAGCGACUCAACUCUCUCUCGACAGCGACGCUCACAACUAAAUCCAAUGGAAUGGUAAGACGGUCUUAAGACGGUUAGCAACGACAAGAAUCGAGAAACGGACCCCAGACCAAUAGCUCAGCGCUACCAAUACUGUAUGAGGCUGCAGCAGGGAGGUUUACUAAUGUUCUACCAAUACUGUAUGAAACAUUAAAUUCUGGAAAUAAUCUAGAAAAUGACACCACACUUAACCGCUAGUUACCCAUUGGGGGGAAUAAAGUACGGUGCCAAUCACUCUGUCUGUUGGAUUAUUAUUAUAAACUAACAUGAGCUGUGUGACUGUGUGACUGACAGUGUUGCAAUAAACAAACCAUAUUCAUCAUAAAUGGCUUUCAGCAUUGCAUCUUAUUUCAAGUGCA